GUGUGUUUACAGCAGCGAAGUCAGCAUCACACUGUCUCCUAUAGCAGAAGAAUCGCGUUUCUUGUAGUAAACUACAUUACCCAUGAAUCUUUGUUGCCGGCUCUAAAUCAUACAGGAAAACGCAUGGAUUUACCCACAUAUCUGCUUCUAAUCAUCACAUAUAUGUUCAGAUUUAGCAUUUGAACGCAUUUACUCUGAUUACCAUAUUGGCAAUAAGACAAAGACUCUGGACUGUGUGAUUAUUCGUUAGAUAUUAUUAGUGUUAGUAUUCUCAGACUGACAGAUGGCGUGAAACAGACGGGCGGAAAAUAGGGCACGCAAAUACAACGAGACAAACGCAUUUGUGUUCAUCGAGAGACGCAUAAAGACUGGGGGAUGAUGGUGGAUAACCGGCACGCCACAGCUCUGGUCAUCGCAGGUGUUUUAAGCGUCCUGGCGUCCGUGUAUCUGUCGGUGUCGGUCGGCUCGCCGCACUGGUACCGGUACACGAGCCCGCCGGUCCGCGCGGAGCCCAACGCCACGGAGCUGCGCGCGCUGCAAGACGAGUUUCUGGAGGGAGAGUUUGACGAGAAAACCGUGAGCGACGCGCUGUUCCGCAUGAACGGGACGCUCGGACUGUGGUGGAGAUGCGUUCAGACGCCCACGGACGCGCACUGGUACCGAGAACCCGAUCCAAAGAUGGUGAUGGAGUGUGUGAGUUUUACUCUCUCUCAGCAGUUCACACCAAAAUACAAAGAGCCGGGAAAUCACAACAGUGGAGAAGAUCUGAUACGAACCUAUCUGUGGCGGUUUCAGUUCUUCCUGCCGCUGGUCUCUCUGGGUCUGGUGGUUCUGGGCGGUUUGCUCGGGUUCUGCGCGUGUCUGUGUGGGAGUCUCACGCCGGCGCUCUUCAUCGGCCUCAUUCACCUGCUCGCAGGCCUGUGUUCUCUGGCCACCGUCUGCUGUUUCCUGGCUGGAAUGGACCUGCUGCACCGCGUGUCCGUGUUGCCCGAUCACGUGGACGGCACUUUGGGCUGGUCUCUGUAUCUGGCGCUCAUCGCAUCUCCUCUGCACAUGAUGGCCGCCGCGCUGCUGAUGUGGGCGGCUCGCAGUCACAGUCAGAGCUACGACCGCAUGACGGUGUACAGAGUCGCUUAAAUCACGGCAGCGCUGACAGAUUGGAUCAGAUCGGUGUGGAGUGAGAUAGAAACUAAAAUGAACAGAAUUUGUUGGACAUGAAUGUCUUCAGUGUGUUGAAGAGCGACUGCUGUCAGAAACACAAUCACGUUCUGAGAAUCUCAGAUGCACUUUCAAGAGAUACUGAGCGUGUGUGUGUGUGUGAAUGAGUGUGUGCGUGUGUGUGUGUGUGUGAAUGAGUGUGAGUGUGUGCGCAUGCACGUGUGUGUACGUGUGCGUGUGUGCGUGUGUGCGCGCGUGUGUGUGUGUGUGUGUGUGUGUGCGUGUGUGUGUGUGUGUGUGUGUGUGUGUGUGUGAUACAGUUUGAGUUUGAGAUAAACUUUCCCUCAGCACUUGUGAAUUGAUGUCAGACUCAAAGUUGACUUCUGGAUUUUCCUCAGUAUAAGCAACAUCAAACAGCUUGACUUCUCGUGUUUUAGCUUUAGUGAAGUAGUACGAACAGACCAGAAUCCUAAUGUGUUCUGCUUUUAAUUAAUCAUAUUUAUUAGGGUUAGGGUUAGUAUUUAUUUGUAUUUAUCUAUUUAUUUCUAUACAAUUUUUUUUGUUCAUUUCUAACUAGGUAGAAACUGUAGAACAGUUAAUGUGUGAUGAUAUGUGUCAGUGUUUGCAGUUGAUGUUGCUUCUGGUUCAUUCGUCACACUGGAAAUGGAAGGUCAGGCGCACUGCAUUGUGGGAUACAGUAUCUCCCGCAGCUAAUGGUCAGUGUAUUAGGGCAUUCAUGCAUACAGAAACAUCAUCUGUGCACCAUAUGUGUAGAAAAUGUUUUUCUGAACAUCUGAACGAUGACUUUGUUUUUCACACAUGCAGUGUUCCCGUGGCAACAGUAAUAAACUCAUCAUGUGCUCAUG